AUGCUGUACCACGCCUCGACGCACGGCAUCCACGCCGACGACCAAAUCAACACACUCACCGACGUAGCCCCACCAAUCCACACCUCCACCACCUUCCGCUACCCCCACAACCCCGAUGACCUCCAGCCCGUGCCUACUGAAGGCGAAUUUGUCGACCUCCAAACACCACUGAUAUACUCCCGUCUCGCCUCCGCCAGCACCAACCGCCUCGAAACCAUCCUAGCCCCUUUACUCUACCCCUCAGCCACAGCCUCCGACCUCGCCGGCAGCAAUGGCCUCGCAAACCACGUCAUCAGCUACACCAGCGGCCUCAGCGCCUUCCACGCCCUUCUCGUAAACGUGGUGCCGAAAGUCAUUGCCAUCAGCGGCGGCUACCACGGCUGCCACGGCGUCAUUGACCUGCACAAGAAAAUGCAUGGCGUGCGCACCGUUGAGUUGCAUGCCUCAGAGGCCGAGUGGGACGCUGCCGGGCUCGGAAAAGGUGAUCUCGUUCACCUAGAAACACCGCUCAACCCCACGGGCGAAGCUUUCCAGAUCGCCAAAUACGCUGAACGCGCGCAUGCGCGGGGAGCGCUGUUGUCUGUCGAUGCAACGUUUGCGCCGCCGGGGCUGCAGGAUCCGUUUCGUUGGGGCGCGGAUAUUGUGAUGCAUUCUGGGACAAAGUAUAUCGGGGGUCAUAGCGAUAUGCUUUGUGGUAUCCUGGCUGUCUUACCUGGCAGGGAAGGAUUGCAGCGUGCCAAGACGAUGCGCGCAGAACGCAUUUUCCUAGGUGCAGUCCUGGGGAGUUUGGAGGGGUGGUUGGGUGUUAGAAGUUUGAGGACGUUGGAUUUGAGGGUUCAGAGACAGAGUGCUAGUGCGGAGAAGUUGGUGGGUUGGCUUCAGGCAUGUUUGGAUGGGGAAGGUGGGGAGGAGAGUGCGGUUGUGAAGGAUGUGGUUUCGCAUCUUGCGCAUGCGAGUUUACAAAAGAAGGAUAUGGGGUGGUUGAAGCAGCAGAUGCCGAAUGGCUUCGGUCCUGUGUUUAGUAUCUACAUGAAGAAUGAGGCGUUGGCGAGGGCGUUACCGAGUCGUCUACGCUUUUUUCAUCAUGCGACUAGUCUGGGGGGCGUCGAGAGUCUUAUUGAGUGGCGGAGGAUGAGCGAUGUGGAUGUUGAUGUCAGGUUGUUGAGGGUCAGUGUUGGAGUGGAGAGUUGGGAGGAUUUGAAGGCGGACUUUUUGGAGGCGUUUAGGAAGCUAAGUGCGGGUGUGAAGGUGUGGGGUGAGGGGGAGGGGGGAAGUGUUGGUAGUAAUGGUGUGCAGGUGGGACAGAAUGGGGCGAAUAUUCCUGAGGUGGGCUCUGGUGCUGUGUGA